AUUGAAUUAGAUUUAAGCUAGCUUGUUUGAUGUGUAAAAUCAUAACACAGAGUUUAGUCGUUCACUAAAUUUAAACUGUGAAAGAUGGAAUCGAGUGACAAAUUCAACUGUGCCGUUAGAGUUAAAGAAGAACCUCGCGAUGUGUCUUUAACUGAAGAUCUUAAUUUAAUAAUUGACAACAAACCCGACCCUAAACAUUUGCAGAACUUGAAGUUUCUGCAAGAAUUUCCCACUCAAGUACCUCAAGAAUGUCGCGACAAUCACGAAUGUGAACUCCGUGAAAAUUUGGAAAUAGUUUUUGAGUGUAAAGACGCAAAGUCGAACCUUAAUUUAUUGCCAGUUAAAAAAUUUGACCAUGAUUCUCCAAAUUACUCGCAUAUGAUAAAUAGCAAUGAUUAUAAUAUGCCAAACAUAAUCAAAAGAGAAAUCUCGAGAGAAGUGAAAAAAGAAACUUUUGACACAGAAGAAUCAAAUUUUAAUUUUAAUCGUGAGUCUAGCUUGGAAAAUGAAAAAAGAAGAAUUACAAACAAGUCUAAUUAUGAAGAUCGACUAAAAACACAAUUUGAUACGGCGCAUAAUAAAAUCACUUAUACAUGUCAUAUUCUCAAGAAAAAAUUCACAAAGAAAGAUAAUCUCAAAACUCAAAUCGAUUUGGUACAUCGUAAAAUAACCCAUGCAUUUGAUAAGAACCCGAAGACAUUCAUGCAGAAUGAUGUCACCCACUCAUGUGAUAUUUGCCGAAAGACUUUCAAACGAAAAAGUUAUAUCAAAGCUCACAUUGAUUCUGUGCACAAUGGUGUUAAACACGCAUGUAAUAUUUGCGGAAAGUCAUUUUCACAUAAAAAUAGUCUCACAACUCACAUCAAUUUUAUGCAUAAUGAUGUUAAACACGCAUGCGAUAUUUGCGGAAAGACUUUUUCCCUGAAAGGUAAUCUCAAAACUCACGUCGAUUCCAUGCACAAUAGUGUCACAUAUGCAUGUGAUAUUUGCGGAAAGUCAUUUUCACAAAAAAGUUAUCUCACAAUUCACGUCGAUUCCAUGCACAAUGGUGUCACAUAUGCAUGUGAUAUUUGCGGAAAGUCAUUUUCACAAAAAAGUUAUCUCACAAUUCACGUCGAUUCCAUGCACAAUGGUGUUAAACGCGCAUGCGAUAUUUGCGGAAAGAAGUUUGCAUUUCAAAGCUAUCUAAGAAACCACAUCGAUGCGGUGCACAACUGUGUCACAUAUACAUGUACUAUAUGUGAAAAGACAUUUUCAAAAAAAAAAAUCUCAAAAUCCAUAUCGAUACUGUGCACAAUGGUGUCAAUCAUGCUUGUAAUAUUUGCGGAAAGAAAUACACUGCCCCAAAUUCUCUCAAAUGUCACGUUGAUUCGUCACACAAUAAAAUCACAUACAAAUGCGAUACGUGUAGAAAAACAUUCUUAAGAAUGGAAAGUCUGAAAUACCACACAAAAGCAGUACAUAACAGUGAUACCCAUCGAUGUGAUGUUUGUGGAAAGGUAUUUAUGUACAAAAACAAUCUCAAUAGUCACGUUAGAUCGUCGCAUGUUGCUAUUGUUUAAGUUUGUGGUAUAGCAAAAUGUUUGGACGAAAAGGUUAUCAUAAAACCUGCAUCGAUUCGAUGCAUUAUUUUUGCAUUAAGAUAUAAUAAAUAUAUAAAAUGUAAUUUACUUGUUUAGAAGACCAAGAUAAAAAUGUUUAUUUAUAAUAAUGUCUUGAGUUUCUCCAAUAUUAUCUAGUGGUUUGUAAUAAAUGUUCUUGUUUUGUCUAAGUUAAUAUAUUUUUGGAGAAAAAUGAAGCGAAU